CCUUAGCUCCUUAGCUCAACUUCCACCUUACACUUUCGUUUUCAUGCUUCUAAUACAAAAAAGUGCUAACACUUGGGGGUGGGGAUUGUCGUUUUUCCUUUUCCCCGCCGGACUCGGAGCUCUCAUCGAGGCUGAUUGGCGCCGGGCUUUCCUCGCUCUGCGUCUGGGGCGGAGCCAGCCAGGGACCGCCACUGCCUUUGUCCGCGGACUCUCUGAUAGAACGGUACCCGGGAACCGAGCUAGCCCAGGUUUUACUCGGCGUCAGCGGACAACUUGGCGAGAUCAGGUGAGCUGGCCUCAUGAACCAGGAAGUGCAGAUUUUUGAAGUGCUCCGGGAUCUGAAAGAUGCAGAUUUCCAGACGUUCAAGAAAGUUGUGUCUCAGCAAAAGCCGGAAGCAUCAGCCUGGUCACUUCCAACUGCCUCCCGGGAAGAUAUUGCCUACCACCUGGUGUGCUCUUGUGGCCCCAGAGCCUUGAGUGUGGUGGCCCAGGCUCUGGACCAUAUCCCUGCUCGGCACCUCCUGGAAAAACUUGGAGAGGGGAGGCUUGAAGAUAGUCCUCGGGGACAGGAGACCAGCAUCAUCAGCUCCCAUACUAGAAGAGAGCCACCCAUAGGAUUAGCUGAGCCAGUGGUGACCCAAAAAACACUGAUGAAGCUAGCCCAGCAUGUGGGGCAUGAAUGGCGGCAGCUGGGAAUAAUAUGCCUGGGCCUUCAGCAGCACCAACUGGAUAGGCUGGAGGAAGACCACUCCGGGACCACCAUGCGAAUCUUCCACAUGUUCCAACUCUGGCGGAACCAGGAGAGGGAAAAAGCCACAGCCACCAGGCUCCACGAACUCUUGUCUCAACGGAGCGUUUCUAUCAGUCCUGAGGCCCUUGCUGUACUUCUGGAGGGCAGUUGACUCACGCAAAGGAGUGAGAGAAUACUUCAGAUCCUCUUUCUCAAAAAAGAAGCGUCCUAAUGAGAAGAGCACCAUAGACUGCCAGAGGAGUCCAGCUCACAAAAAAGGUUAAGAACUCCUGGUCUACAGUGAAGCAAGUGGGACGACACCAUUGUCUGGAUGACAUAUCCUUCUUCUUCAUUGCUCUUAUUGCAAUUUAGCUAAUGGCCUUCUCUUUCUCUAGGCCAACUGAUGCUAAGAAGGAAAUGCUCUGGAUUGCUGGCACAUAAACACUUGGAAAUGUUUAUUCCCCCACAAUAAAUGAAUGAACUGAUAUUCUAUUUGUAACCUGGCCUCUGGUGAGUUAGUGUGGGAAUGAGCCCCUUUGCCCUCCACUUGGCAAGCCAGUAAUCCAGGUUCUGGACAUACAUAGCUGAGAGAUUAGACACUGGACUCUUUUACAAUGCAGGGCCCCAAGAGGCUUAGCCUGAAAGAGCCAGUUGACCUGAGUUCAAAUCCAGCCUCAGAUACUUCAUAGCUGUGACCCUAGGCAGGUUCCUUAACCUUUGUUAAGAUUGCUGGAGGUGGCUAAGUCUCAUGAUCAAGCCAAGUUCUCAGCAGGAGGAGCUGAAGACUUUUUUUUUUGGUAUCAAAUUUGUUUUAUUCUUUACAGUGUCUCAAUCAUCUUGAUUCAGUCAUUAGCGCUGCUUCAGUCCGCAGAAGCAUCCUUCUGUAAGUCUUAGACUCAACUGUAAAAGGGAAAUCGUAAUAGCAACUACCUCACAGGGUUUGUUGUCAGGAUUCAAUGUGAUAAAUAUUUGUAAAGUACCUUUAGUGCCUGACACUUAGUAGGUGCUUAAUAAAUGUUUGUUUCAUUCCAUUCUAUUCCCCUUUGACGAGUACAAGUAUUAUUGUAUGCACUUUACAAGUGGGGAAACAUGCUCAGAAAAAGGGACUUGCCAGUAGGCCCACUAAUAAGUUUGAGAACCCACUUUUCCGGAGUCCAAAUCUAACACUCUUUCCAUUGUUCCACGUUGCUCUUUGAUGAAGAGUAUUGCAUUGUGGAUUAGUAAAUAACGAACCCCCAGCAAGCACUUUAUAUGGUCAUCAUAGUAUAAGAAGGUCUAGGUUAAAAUCCAUUCCUAGCCAAGUUACUGGGAGUGAGUCACUUAACUUUUGAACCUCGGUUUCCUUAUAUGGUAAAUGAAGUUAAUUGCCCACUCUCUCACAGGGCUUUUGUGAAGGUAAAAUGAAAUAAAUGUAUGCAAACAUUUUGUCACUGUAAAAUUAUAUAUAAACUAUAAUUAUCUGUGUAGCCUCCACUACCUUGAUCCCUCACCCAGAGGUUCUCUCUCCUAAGACAAAUGAAAAGCCCGAGAGGCAGAGUUUCUGGGUAAUUAAUAAUCAAGUUAUUAAUUAGGCUAGCUGACAAUAAAUUGAUGGUCAGUGGAGACAACGAAUGUUUUAAAUACCUUUGGAAAAGGGAGUGCCUCUGACAACUGAAAAUCAAUCCUGGUUGGUGAACAGUUAAUGAGAAGGUGAGCUAAAAAGUCUUCAGCUGAUUUUCCAGCGGUGAAGAUCUGCCCGUGCCACCAUGCCUCUCGCCAAAGACUUCCUGCACCCCUCUCCUGAGGAGGAGAAGCAGAAACACAAGAAGAAGUGCCUGGUGCAGAGUCCAAACUCGUAUUUCAUGGACGUAAAGUGCCCAGAGUGCUAUAAAAUCACCACUGUCUUCAGCCAUGCACACAUGGUGGUUCUCGGUGUGGGAUGCUCCACUGUGCUCUGUCAGCCUACAGGAGGAAAGGCAAGACUUACGGAAGGAUGCUCCUUCAGACGGAAGCAGCGCUAAUGACUGAAUCAAGAUGAUUGAGAAACUGUAAAGAAUAAAACAAAUUUGAUACCAAAAAAAAAAAGUCUUCAGUUCCUCCUGCUGAGAACUUGGCUUGAUCAUGAGACUCAGCCACCUCCAGCAAUCUUAACAAAGGAAUCCAUCUCUGCCCAGACCAUUCUGAUUGCUUUUCUCCUUCACGAGUUGGGUCCCCCUAAAUUCCAAUGGUGGGGCAUAGUAAAAGGGACUAAUGCUUUGGGGCUGAAAUUCAUCUAGAUUAGAUUCUUUUUACACUCUAAACAGAAGUAAGGUCUCCUAGUUGGGUGGUGUCCUGCCCAAGACUUCAGAGCAUAUUCCCCAAGGCCUUCAGAGGUGCUGACCUGACCUAUAAGGACUGGCCCUGAAUGAGGAAAUAAGAAAAGCCUGGAUCCCAUUUUAAUAAUUGCUUAUUAAUAUAAUAGAAAAAUAAUCACUUCUCUCACUCCUAACCCCAAUUUGUACUGACAGUUUGGGUCCCACUGUUCUAGGAGUAACUCUGAGGCAUUGAGAAUGUUUUUCUAAUACAGCAUCUUAUGAGUCCCCACCAGUGUGCUCCCCAUUAAUGACCAGUUCAGGUUUCUUAGCUUUUUGUUAGGGAUAUUUACUACUAAUAAAAGAUGUAUAAAACAUU